AGUUUGGUUUCUUUUGAAUUAGAGUGGAAAUGACGUUCAUGAUAUCUUAAUGGAGUUGAUGUUGCUACAGAAGCCAAAGUAAGAACUAUUAAGACAGUCAAAAGUAACUGCAAGGACAAGGAAGGUGUUGAUGCUGCCAUUUUGGUUCCUCGUUUGUCACGCCAUUUAACCUGUUGAGGGAGGGGGUGAGGAUUGAAAGAUUGUUUUGGAGCUAUCGGUUGUUGGUUCCAGUUCAUCCCGGCUGCAAAAAAGAACGAUGGCGCCAAGAAACAGUGGUGCAGGACCUAUUAGUCGUUAAUUGGCGAAAAAAAUACCAUUUGCAAUCUGAAUCUUCUCACGAUGCUUCAUAUAUGGUACUUUAGGAUUAUGCGAAGUAUCAGUGGGCAUUGCUACAGCUGAGAUUUGACCAUUUUCAAGAGUGAAMAUAUUUGCAUGCUCAUUCUCCAGUCUCCGAAAGAUGUCACCUUUGCGUUAUUUAAGACCAUGUCUACGACUUUACUACAGAAAUCCAAGACUUGCGAUGGGAGCUAUUAUUUUUGUGGCUACACUUUCAUUCAUGUAUCCUUUAAACUCUCUAAAAAGUCUGUUUUCUUGGUCAAACUCUGAGCCCGAAUACCAGAGCAACGACAUCUUCAUUUCAAGCAAGGAAUACAAGUUUGAACUUACACAUACUUCCUCGCCGAGUCURUUUGGUUCAGAACAAUGUCUUUUAAUGGAUUUUGAUUACAAGAGUGAAGCUGUUUUAAGAUAUCAAAAGGACCUAGGGGAAUUAAAGUGUUCAGGUGAUCGAAUUACAACUCUAGGUGGAGGAGUACUACAUGUUAARGGAAUUGGCCUSCAAGAUGUGUCAUAUCAAGCUAUACAAACCGCYAAAACAUCAGAAGAUGAUGGUUUUUCAUUGGGUGAUAGAAUGUCUAUUGUGACGGCACAGGUGCAGUUAACUCCAGAACAUUCAGACUCCAUUGCACAUUUCCUUGGAAAAUGCAUCCACCCUCUAGGUGCACAGACAAGGCCUGGAGUGCAGCUAGUAUUAUGGGAUAGCUGCGGUGAUGAACGAACAGAAUUCCUCUUGGAGGAAGAUGGCACAYUGCGRCAUAAGGUGUCUGGAUUUUGUGUUGGGCCCAAAUCAGAAAUGGCAGAGUCAAGUAAGCCUCUGGUUCUGACUGACAGGUGCGAUGAUUCAACCAAGUUUAGGGGGCUAGAGAAUGGCUUUCUGCAGCAUUUAUCAAGUGAAAUGUGUGUUCAUUAUCAGUCGUUGGAACUUAUCCCUCCAAAUGAUGUCCCUCUGGUGUUUUAUGAAGACUGCGAGAAAAACUGGAAGAUGAGAUUUGGAUGGGCAAAAGACUUCUAUAAGAGUAGGAAAAAAGCCACAGACGUCACCACAGAAAUAUCUGAUGAGUUCGUCCAAGUAAAUGUACAGUUUGCAUCUGGACUGCCUGCCCACUCCACCACAGAAUACCACAUUCAAGUUUUCCCAAAAUUCAACCUUAAGCAGCCAAAAGACAUGAACCUCAAGCCAAACAUGCUUAUUUUUAUGUUACACUCUGUGUCAUUCUCACAUUUUAUCAGAAAACUUCCAAARACAUAUGCUUUCCUUCAGAAGCUGUCCGACACAGUGUUUUUCAAGGGUUUUUCUGUGUUUGAUGACAGUUCAAAGUCUCAGAUUGUUGCUGCCAUGUCUGGUAUCGAGCCUGAACAGAUUUCCAGUUUUAAUAGCUUUGAYGAGUUGCCAUGGCUACAUAUGUUGCACAAGGAGCAAGGAUAUGUUACAAUGAUGGCAGAAGACAAGCCUUGCUCGAAGCAGUAUAGCGACGCACUGUGUGGGUUCACUGGUGCACCUACUGAUCAUUAUGGACUGCCGUUUUGGGCUGCCGUACACAAAACUUAUAGCCCAGGCCAGAACACUUUUUGUUUGGGAAAGACAGCUAUACACAAUAUCUCCCUUGGUUACCUGCGUGACUUCAUGGCUGUCUACACUAGACUUCCAAAAUUUGCAAUGGUGACAAUGUCUGAACUCUCUUCAUGGAAUUUCAAUGCCUUGAGCUAUCAGGAUGAGGACUUGGCUCGUUUUUUAGCAUGGAUGAAAAUUAAAGGACAUCUAGAUCACACUGUAAUAACCAUCUUCAGCAAUCAUGGAUCCAAGAGUGAAAUUUUAAGGAGAUCUUUACAUGGAAAAUUAGAGGAAAGGAAYCCAUAUCUCUCAAUAACRAUUCCUCCUAAUGCCCCYCAAGCAGUUCUUGAUGGACUUCCAACRCUUAAGGAAAAUUCAAAAGGCMUAGUCACUCCUUAUGAUUUAUAUGCAACAUUACGGAGGAUUGCACAGACUAUUCCGCAACGACAUGGUGGAAAAGGUGAGAAUCUUCUUGAGCCCCUCAAAGAUAGAAAACAAAGGUCAUGUGARGAUUUGAAAAUCCCCAAUCAGUGGUGCCCAUGUUUAGCUGUUUUUCAAUACAACGAUAUUGACAAAAAGAUUGAGAAAGCUGCCAGAAAAGUUGUUGAGCAUGUGAACAAGAUUAUCUCGAGCAAUAAAGAAAUGGAUGACUUAUGUCUUAAACUUGAGUUUUCUACUUUGAAAAAGAUAACCAAGUUGGCACCUACGGAUGAAGUACUAAAAUUCAGAGUGUCAAAACAACAAGGGAAGUGUAUGAACUGUAAGCCAGUGUACGGCUCAAAACCAAACGACAUGUUUUUUAUUGUGUAUAUCGACGUUAAAGAAGGGAUAACAUUACGAGCUAUAAUCAAUUUAAAGAAGGGACAGACUUUUAUACAUCCAAAUAUCAUGGGCACUGGCUCUAAGGAGUCUGCUUGUUAUAGAUCUAAAAAAGAUGCAACAGACAUCUGGACGUUGUGUGCUUGUAAAUGAUUAUACUUCAAUGUCUGUAUUUAUAAUAAUUAUCAUCAGCCUCUUCAGCAGGUGUCUCCAUUUUUGCUCUUUUAUAUACUUUUGGGCUUCCUGUGUUCCUCAUAACCAGAGGAAGACUGUGACCCAGAGGCAAAAUGAGAGAGACACAACGGGGUGACCUACGUAGCACGCAGUUGAUGUAAUGUAUUCAUAAAAUGUAUUGUAUUCCAUUGUUUCUCGUUCUAUUGUAUUAUGUGUUUUGUAUUAUAUCUUUAUGAAUAUAUUACAUCAACUGAGUGCUACGUAGAUUCUCCCGAGACACAACCUCUUUCUUUCUUGGUGGAGGCCCCAGCUGCCGUGCUGGGCCAAAGAGAUACCAGAGGAAUCCCAAGKGCAAAAUGAAGUGUUGUCUUUAGAAGGCAAAAUAAUUACUAUAAUUAUUUAUACAAUUUUGUUCUAAUAAAGGGUUACUUGUUGAACUUAGUCAAUGUUUAUGUACCCUGUUUACAUCCGUAUCUCACUGAUAGAGCAGAUUUCGUAUGAGUGGGAAACGGACGGUACUGUACUGUAACCAUAAUCGUACUGUAACCAAAUUCUAGUGCCCCAUUGGUUCAC